GGAGGGGAGGGGGACAGGCGAGAGCAGAGCCGGGGCUCCGGCCAUGCCCCAGCCCCGCCCCGCCCAGGUGCCCCCGGGCAGGUAGAGCCAGGUGGGCUCCGGGCAGAGCCAGGUGGGCUCCGGGCAGAGCCAGGUGGGCUCCGGGCAGCUCCCCCCAGCCCGCUGGAUUUGGUUUUCCUGCCCAUCCCCUUCGGCACCUGCUCCUCCCUGGAGAAAUCCAUCCCUGGCUCGGCCGCUUUGUCCCAAACCCCGCGCUGCUGCCAGCAGCCGCUCGCCGAGGGGAGGAAACUUUGUGCCAAACUUUUUCUGGUGUUUUCGCUUUGCUUUUUCAUCCCUUGAGGGACUCUGCGCCAGCCAGGAGGGCUGGGGAGGCUUCUGAGGCACAGCCAGGAUCCCCCCAGACUCCCAAUCCCCCCAGUCCCAGGGAUUGGAGAAAAAAGGAAUAAGGGGAUUGCGGAAAGGGGGUGAAGGAAAGAAAAAGAAAAAGAAAAAAAAAAAGCCAAGAACCUCUGGAAGAAGGGGAAGCGAACAGAACCCGCAGCCCCAGGAUGAAGCGGUGAAUGGAAAGAACAAUUUAACUGGAAUCAACAAGUGGGAACUGCGCGCCUCGUCCUUCCCCCCCCUCCCCGCUCCGGCUUUCCCAAACUUCUCGCCGCGAAGGAAAACUUCUCCAGAGGGUUCGGAACACGCACCGGGACCGGCCCCGGGAUGCUGCCCCGGCCCAGAGCCCUCCUGGCCGUCUGUGCCCUCCAGGGGCUGCUGCUGCUGCACGGUCUCGCUGAGGAAAAGCUUCUUCAGAAGCCAAAGCUGAGCAUUUCCAAGGACCAAAUUGUCAUCUCACCAGGAGAUACCCUAAAAAUAAAAUGCUGGGGAGCCCCGUCUGUGAGCUGGCAGCUGAGGGAAGACAACCCACGGGUGCACGUGAGCGGCUGCCGCGAUGUCCCCGGGCUGAGCUGCAGCCAGCUCGUCCUCAGGAGAGCCACUGCCAACGACACUGGGUACCUCAGCUGUGCCCUCAACAGCACCCCCGAGCACCAGGGACCUGUGGCCAGGGUCUAUGUCUUUGUCCAAGACUACAGGAAUCCGUUUGUGGAGAUGUACUCGGAGCACCCUGACAUCAUCUACAUCGUGGAUGACAGGAAAACAGUGGUGAUCCCCUGCCGGGUCACCUCACCAGACAUCAAACCCAAGCUCACCCAGUACCCUUCCUCUGCAGAGAUCAGCUUCAAGAUGUCCUGGGACCCCAAGAGAGGCUUUGUCAUCCCCUCCCACUCCUUCGUGCCCUCUGGGAUCCUCACAUGCUCAGCCCACGUCAAUGGCAGCGUCUUCAACUCCUACUACAUGGCCCAGAGACUGGAGGGCAGGAUACAGAACCUGGCUCUGAAGGCAAGUGCCAAAAAGCUGCUGGUUGGAGAAACUCUCAAGCUGGAGUGCAAAGCAGAGACCUUCAUCAAUGGGCGCAUCGAGUUCGUCUGGACGUGUCCCCGUGGCACGCACCCUCACCCCAGGAGAACGAUGGACCAGAGUGAUGUGGUGUACAAAGUCGGCAGCAGCCUGGUAAUUGAAAAUGUCACCAUGGAAGAUGGGGGCCUGUACAUCUGCAGGACAUUCAAUGCCACCAGGCUGGAGGCCAAUGUCACUGUCACCGUGUAUGAAAAGCCCUACAUCACGGUGUCACACAAGAAAGGGCCUUACUACGAGAUUACCUCAGGACACAAGUCCCUGAAGCUGGCUGCCAAGGUGGACGCCUUCCCUCGGCCCACUGUCACCUGGUACAAGGAUGGCAAACUGAUCAAGGACAACCACACCUGCUACGAGCCAGAUCCACUGAAAUACAGACUGGGAAUACGAGAUGUGAGACCAAAACACGCUGGGAACUACACCAUGGUCCUGAGCAACCCCAAAUAUGGCCUCUACAAGAACCUCACCAUGCAGCUGGUGGUGACAGAGAGACCCAAGAUCUAUGAAAAGGAGACUGAUUUUGAUAAGGUUGUGAAGGUGGAAUUGAGAAGCAAACACAAAAUCUCGUGCACGGCAAGCGGGAACCCCGAGCCAAGCAUCCAGUGGAAGUGGCAGCCCUGCAACAUCACAGACACCCUGUGCAAUCCUGAGGGGCCAAAAGUUGAGGUUUGGGAGAACACAGUCAUAGGAAACAAGAUCAGGAGCAUCGAGAACACCCCCAAGAGGCUGGGGGAUAAACUAAAGAUCGUGAGCACCCUCACCAUGGAGAACAGCAGUGCCUCAGGAAUCUAUUACUGCGUGGCUUCCAACAAGGUGGGCCAGGAGGAGCGCAGCAUCCAGUUCUACGUGUCAGAUGUGCCCUCUGGGUUGCAAACAUCCUCCCAAGUCACAGCCAUCGUGGGGAACGACAUCCAGCUCACCUGCCGGGCCUCCAAGUACAUCUACACCCACCUGGCCUGGUACUACCCCUCCUCAGAGCCAGCUCCCAGCCACGCUGUGCUCAGGAAAAUGGACAAAUAUUCCAUCUCUUUGACCCUGCUCAUUCCCAACGUCACCAGGGAGCAGAGUGGACUCUACAAGUGCCGAGCCCAGAACCAGCACAACAGCACGGACACGCUGGAGCAGCACAGCCAGCUCCUGGUCAGAGCCAAGGCGGCGCCGUUCGUGAUCCAGAACCUGACGGAUAUGGAGGUGAACAUCAGCGGCAAGAUCCUGCUGGAGUGCAGGGUGAGUGGGACACCAGAGCCACGGGUCAGCUGGAGGAAGAACGGCUACCCCAUCUCAGCAGCGUCAGGAAUUUCCAUGGAAAACAACACCCUGGUGAUUGAGAGAGUGAAGAAGGAUGACGAGGGGCUCUACGAGUGCCGCGCCUCCAACGACCUGGGCCAGGACAGCACAUCAGCCUUCAUCAAAAUCCAAGGUUCUGAGGAGAAAUCCAACAUUGAGGUGAUCAUCCUGGUGUGCACGGGGCUGGCUGCCACCCUCUUCUGGCUCCUCCUGACCCUCUUCAUUCGCAAACUGAGAAAGCCCGAUGCCACAGAUAUUAAAACAGGAUACCUGUCAAUUAUCAUGGACCCCGAGGAGAUGCCCCUUGACGAGCAGUGUGACCGCCUGCCCUACGACAGCAGUAAAUGGGAGUUCCCCAGGGACAGGCUGCGCCUGGGUAAAACUCUGGGUCAUGGUGCUUUUGGGAAGGUGGUGGAGGCGUCUGCUUUUGGCAUUGAUAAAUCUUCAACCUGCAAAACAGUUGCCGUAAAAAUGCUGAAAGAAUGUGCAACUACUAACGAAUGCAAGGCUCUAAUGUCUGAGCUGAAGAUCCUCAUCCAUAUAGGACAUCACCUGAACGUGGUCAACCUGCUGGGAGCCUGCACCAAAGCUGGAGGUCCUUUAAUGGUCAUAGUGGAAUAUUGCAAAUAUGGAAAUCUGUCCAACUAUCUCAGAGGGAAACGAGGAGAUUUCAUUGCAUACAAGUCCCAGGAAAGCUCUGACCAAGCAGAGAAAAGUCUGGAUGAGUCCAACAGUGAUUUGACUGAACUGAUCAAGAGGCGCCUCGAGAGCGUGGCCAGCACAGGCAGCUCUGCCAGCUCAGGAUUUAUUGAAGAUAAGAGUUACAGUGACUCAGAAGAGGAUGAAGAAGAUGCUGAGGAUCUGUACAAGAGGCCCCUGACUCUGGAGGAUCUGAUUUGCUACAGCUUCCAGGUGGCAAAAGGCAUGGAGUUCCUCGCCUCCCGAAAAUGCAUCCAUCGGGAUUUGGCAGCCAGGAACAUCCUCCUGUCCGAGAACAACGUGGUCAAGAUCUGUGACUUCGGCCUUGCCAGGGAUAUUUAUAAAGACCCCGACUACGUACGGAAGGGAGAUGCACGGCUUCCACUCAAGUGGAUGGCUCCAGAAGCUAUUUUUGACAAAAUUUACACCACGCAGAGUGACGUGUGGUCUUUCGGAGUGCUGCUGUGGGAAAUAUUUUCUCUAGGUGCCUCCCCAUACCCUGGAGUGCAGAUAGACGAGGAUUUCUGCCGGCGGCUCAAGGAAGGGACCCGGAUGAGAUCUCCAGAAUAUUCCACUCCUGAAGUCUACCAGACAAUGCUGGAUUGCUGGCACGGGGUCCCCACGGAGAGACCAACAUUCACCGAGCUCGUGGAGCGCCUGGGGGAUCUCCUUCAGGCCAACGUGCAGCAGGAUGGCAAAGACUACAUUCCACUGAACAUCACCUUGUGUCCAGAUGGAGAAUCCAAUUCCAAAACCUGCCCUGUGGAAGAAAACUUGAGCAGCGGAGUGAAUCGCUGGAGUGCAGUGGAAACUGGUAACAGCAGCAAGAAGAGACCCCUGAGUGUGAAGACAUUUGAUGAGGUGCCAGUGGAAAAGGAGAAAGUGAUGCAUGAGGAGUCUGACAGUGGGAUGGUGCUGACCUCAGAUGAGAUAAAAAGCCCCAAGAGGUUGGAAAUCCGUUCCUGGCCCUAUGGGAUUAUGGCUCUGGCGAGGAGAGCUGUGAGCAGGAGCAAGGAAUCCAUCCUGUGUGACCACGAGACUGUCAAGUACCAGCCAGCAGUGCAGGUGGAAGAGGACACCAUGGACUUUCCCCUGGAGGACUCUGUCCUGCUCCCCAUGGAUCCCAACCUGGAAUGCCACAGCCCUCCCCCGGAUUACAACUCUGUCAUCCACUACUCGGCCCCCCCAGUGUAAGCAGUGCCCCCAGCACAGGCUGCACCCCAGCCUUGCCAGCUCUCCUGUGCCCCAGGGGGCCUGGAUGAAACACAAGGGAAUUCUGCUGGGAUAAUGCCUCACCUGUUUCUUCUGGCACGUCUUGGGUGUGAUUGGAAACAAUUUAAGAGCAUCUUCUCUCUUCUCUUUUUAAAAGGCCUAUUGCAAGAUCUGCAGUGAAUUAAUGACAUUCUGUCAGUCCUAGAGGGAGGUGUAACCCUGAGGUGCUGCCACUCCUUCCCCCUGGCUGGGGCUGUUCAUUGACCCUGGCAGAUCCACAGGUUCCUGCAUUCCCAUUUCACCCUGUGGAGGUCAUGCCAAGCUGCUGGGAACACAAGAUUCAAGCUGCUGACCCUGGCACAUCCUGCAGGGAUUGGUUAGGCCAGUGCUGGAAGGAAUCUGUUGAAAAACAUGAAUGUUUUGGGCUUGGAGAAAAACUGAAAUUGAAACACCCUCCCUAACUUGGGAUUUCACCUCCUGUAAAUAUUUCUGAAAUGUUUUGCAAUCCAAGCUAUUUUGGUUGCAAUUUGGAUUUAAUUAUUCCCACUGCCCAGAGGAUACACUCCUAAAGAUGGCACAGCCCAGAGCAAGCUGGAAGUGCUGGUGUGCCUGCUCUUUUGGGCCAGCAGGGCACACAGUGUGGUUAAAUCUGGUGCCCUGGGCUUUCCCCUUGUUCAAAAAGCAGUUUAUUCUGCAGACAUGCAAUAGGGAACCUUGCUGGAGAUGCAUCUGUAAUGGUUUCAAGGCAAAAAUCAGUGCCUUAAGUAAGAACCUUCUCAACUCAAACAGAGUUUCCCAGUUCACACACGUUUGUGUGAAUGUGCAGAAAACUCUCAUUACCAGCAUGAGAGUUACACAAAAACUCACACACAUCCUUGAGGCACCAGCAGGGCAGCAGCAUUUUUAUGUUUCCUUUCUGCACACAGGCUAUUUACUAAAACAACACAGAAAAGAGAAAAAAGCAUUUCCUCUGGAUUCUGUGGCGGGUGCCCAAGGGUUUCACCCUGGGGAUCCUGUCCCUGUUAAGCUCCAAGCCCAUGUGACACACAUUUAUCUCUGACUGUCUUGCCAAGGUAAAUACUGGUAUCAUAUGCAAAGCCCUUCCUGGGUUCAGGGUAAUUCAAAGCUUUUGUUGCAGCAGGACUGAAAGGAUCACAAAUUCUCGCCUGUCAGAUGUUCCCAGUGGGUUUUUGCCCCGGAGCUGUGUGUGGCAGGGACUGUGACAAGUGUGCCCAGGUGCCCUGUGCAUCACCACAGCAGCCUCAGACAUCAGCAAAUAAUCCCCAGCCUUUCACGUGCUCUGUAACAACCAGAGUCAGAUUUAAAGUUUAGGAAGGGAAAGGUCUCCAGGUUGCAAGGAGAAAAAGCCAGGCUGAACAAGAUGUUCACUGACAGCGAGGGCUGCAACCUCCUGAGUUACAAACUCAUCCAUAAAUGGCUCCCUGUGCAGUUUCCUCCAAGCUCUGCACAGCCCUUUCCUUUCCUUCUAUGAUUUGACUUCUCCAGCAGAAAAAGGAAUUUUUCUUUGUGAUUCAGACUAGAGGGGGAUGGAAUCCAAGCCUUGCAAAAGAUGAUGUUACCUUGGCAAAGACAGCUGCACACCCUCGCAGCAGCAAAGGAAGUUUUCUGGAUGAGUGCUUGCAGUGGGCUGUGCUGAAGGAAUCACAAACAAGCCUCAGGUAUUGUCAAAGGGGAAAACAAACCUCCAAACCCCACACCACGUUAACUGUGAACUCUCAAGCAUCUGAAGGAUGGGCUCUGGGGAACUGCACUGCUUCUUCUCCUUGACUUCAGAGUCGCUUAUUAAUCACCUGCAGUCCCUCCAGAGCCCCCUGCUCGUAGUUGUAGUUGUAUGAGCCCCCCUGCUCAUAAAGCUGUAGCUGCUUUAUGGUCAUUUUGCACUGCUUUGUAUUUUAGUACCUAUGUGUUAAGUAGAGCUGGUCAUAGAAGAGAAGAAACUACUGGGAAAGAAUUCUGGUGAGCCCCAGGAAGCUCAUUGGAUUGGUUUGUCAUCAAACACUAUUAACUAUCUAUAGCUCUGAUCAAGUAAUCAAUCAGUUCUUGUGGAAAUAAAUUAUUGCUGAGGCAAAGGAGAAGAAAGCUCAGACAGAGUGUGUGGCACUGCUGUCGAUGGGCUGGGCUGGAGAUGUUUGAUACUGCACCUUGAGCUGGAGGGUGAGCAAACAGCGUUGAAAAACCUUCACUCAGGAACUUUGAAGAGUAGGAACAAAACCUGCACGUGUGCUCUGUGUUCUGAGGAAGAAUGGGAAGCUCUGCUGGGUGAACAGAGCAGGUGGCCUCCCCUUCUCUGCAGGAUGAGCUGCAGGGGUUUCUCCAGGAGCAGAGGCACGGGAGCACACCUGGGGAGCCCUUCUGGCUCUCAGCAGCAAACCCCAGCCUUUCUGUGCCUCCUGAGAGGGUGGAACAGGACCCAGGCUCCAGUGCCCGAGAUGUUUAAAGCCCUGGUUGCACUGACAGCCCCAAAACUGAGGGCUCCUCUGCAGUGGCAGAAUCGAGAACGUCCCGAGCAGAUCCAGCGAUGGAAGGGACUGACUGAUGUUUGGGCAGCUGUUCCCAGUGUUAAUGAGUGAAAGAUAUUUUUUUUUUCCUCCUUAUAGUAAAUGUAACAAGCAAAAGUAUUGCCUGAAAAGUAUUAUUGAACAUAUUCUAUUUUAUUUACUAAUAUUUUGUUUGUCCUUCUCUUGCCUCCCUUAAUUUAAUUAUUGUUCUCUUCUUCCAACGAUGUAUAUAGUGUACCCUGUAGCAACAAAUAUAUUAUUGCAUUUAUAUGAUAAAAUUUGUAACAUUUUAGUCCAAAAAGAAAGAAAUACCCAGAUGUAACAGAGUUAAGUAUUGUACUAAACAUUUCACUAAUGCUUGCAGGCCAGGCUCCAGUUUACAGUGCCCCACUUGUGCCAUGGCACAGCAGCUCUCUUGGCUGGGAGUGUCUCUGCCUCUCACUUCUUCUCCACGUUAUUUAGUUUCACUUAGGAAACAGGAAUCUGGAGGAAUUUGGCAGGUUUAUCUCAUUCCUGGAGGCCUCACCAUGUGAAGCUUGUGUUAAAGGUGAGGGAUUUCCACGGCCUGGGUUUUAAUUGGAGGCUGGUGGAUUGGCUAGAGGAUCAGAAGGGGUAAAUUGUUUAAAUGAUGUGAUGUUUAUUAUUUUUUCAGACUUCUCAGGGAUUCUUACUCGACUCCUGUCUGCCAGCUGCUUUCUCUAACCCGAGCUCAGUGAGAUCUGUAUUAACACCAACCUUUGUUUCCUUUGAUGGUGCUCACUCCCACUGGUUUUGUGCUCCUGCAAGCCCAGAGAAUCAGGGCAAAGGAGCUCAGAGCUCUCCAUGGAAUUGUGUUGUCUCUUCUCCAACAAUCACCUCCCACUUAGGUGUCCAAGUGCCUUCACCUGCAUGUUCUUGUUCAGGCUGGUGCUUGUAACAACUUCCUGCCUCCUGUUUUUCUCUACUUUUCAUCUUUUUCUUGUUAUUUGCUCUCCCAGUCUCUUUGGAUUGCUUUGCUCUGCCUUUUCCAUAAGAUCAGGUAUAGGAUCAUUUCACUGCUGUUUAUCCUGUGCUUGCAGAGGCUGAACUAGAUAAUCUAAAGCGAGAUUUUCACAUUAAAUCCUCAAUAUAUAGCCAAGGAAAACCAGUUUGUAUUACUUUGUCUGGAAGUCUCUUUGUGCCCUUCCCUGAAUGGGAGAAGCUUUUUAAUCUACUGAUUUUUCAAUAUUGCUGUCUGGAGCAAAAUGAAGGCUGGUGACUGUGUGAAUCUGAUCUUUCCCAGAGUCCUUCCCUCAAACCAUGAGGUUUCUGUAAGGUUCUCCCAAGUUAUCCCCACAAGAAGAUCCCCAGCAAGAUUUAUCCCAAGUAUCUGCUUGGGAUAUAAAGGAAGUCAGCUAAAACUCUGAGUAAAGGUGUCAAACAAAUGCCCUGAGUGCUGCAGGUGAACACACUGAGGGCUCCUGCAGACACCAGCUGCUCUGCUUGACAUCCCCCUGCCACAAACUCUCCCUCCACUCACCUGCUGCCCCAGAGCAUCCAGGUGUUUCUCUCACUGGAUUUGCUCCCCUGUGCACUCCAGGAUCCCUAAAACCCACCAGCACCAAGGGGACACGCCAGGAACUGUUUGCAAGCAAAUGGCUACAGAGCAAGAUAAGCAUUAUCAACUUUCCCUGAGCACAGGAAUUGCUCAGUAUCACUAUCGUACCCACAGAUCAGCCUAGAGGUUUUUCCUUAUCAUACAGUGAAUUAAAAACACAAAAGGCAGCAAUAAUUCUUUUUUUCCUCCCUGAAAAUGUAAUGGCCAAACCCUGGGAUCCAUUUUUUACUGGGUUUUUUACUCACCACAAAAGAGCAGAAAGAAUUUUGUCAAAGUCACGGCACCAGCAUCAUCUUACACAAGUGAAAUUCAGGGAGGAGUUUGGGAUUUGGACUCUCAGGAGUCAGGCAGUGCACAGGGGACUGUGGAGGUGUUGAGACCAGGCACUGCGUAGUUUGUCUGACAUUGUUAUUUCCAUUUUUGUGGAGAUAGAAAGGAAAACUUUCUGGCCUGGGUCAGGGAGAGCAGUGUGGGAUGCACUGAGCAGUGUCCUGUUCUCCUGGUAGCACUCAAUUCAUUUUCCCUCAGACCUUGAGUUGUCCAAGCAGCUGCUGAAAAUUUGGGAAAAACCAGCAACUUGGGACCUACAGAAAUAAACUGAGGGAAACUGGGAAAAGCCAGGAACUUGGGACUUACAGAAAUAAACCAAGUGCCAUGUUCAAACCACCAAGGAAUGUUUGUCUGCCAUGUUCCUGUGUGUCUGAAGAAUGUAUGCACUGAAAACAAGGCUUUCUUAUGUAGUCAAAAAUUGUACUGUAUCUAUUAACCAAAAAAAUAAAAAGAUUCUAUAUUUAUACAGC